AUGACCACUUCGCCUAGCAUGUUCAUGGAGACCGUCUCGCCAAACGAUGACGCACCGUCCGCGUCGUCUUCAUCCUCCAAUUCGACGGUACUGGACGUUGACUCUCUGGAGUCGCAGUUUGCGCAACCGUCAGUGCUCAAGGCGUCGAAGGAUGCCACCGCCUCCCCCGAGGUCGUCGUGCCCGUUAAUGGCAGCCAGCCACAGCACGUGCUUCCCCCACUGCGCGUCAUGACACAGAAACUCCCCGUCGAGGAGAGAGAUUACGUGGACCCUACACUGUUCUCCCCAGAAAUAUCUAGACACGCCAUGGAGGUGGCGCAUCGUCGAGCCAAAGCUAUCGCCACGGAGGUAAAGGAGAUGAAUGAGCUGGAGAGCGAAGUGGCAGGCGCCGCCAAGACUAAAAUGUCUCCAGCUGAGGCCGUGGGGAUCAUCGGCGGCGCCUUUGCGAGUUCAUUACAAAAAGCGAAGAAACUGGUGAAACCUGGUACAAAAGAGUAUGAUUUACUGUCUGGGACGUCCCCGUCGGCAGGGAUGUCGAAACUGGACGAUCUUGACACGGAUGGAGACGGACUGCAGCUCUCGCCUGAUGCGACUCAUACUGACGGAAAACAUUUCCGCACACCGAAACUAAGACCGGCAUUGAAGCGCAUCUCGGCGUACUCGGCAGCUGCACUCGAGUCAGAGAAGAAGACGUCGAGUACGCGACUACAGAAGAAAAAGGGUAUCCAAUGGCACGAGGACGUUGCCGAUGAGGAAUUUUACGAAGACGACAGUGAAGAACAGGAAACCCACUCGUUGAUGAACGCAGACGGCGAUGGCAGCAGCAACGGCAACGGCAGUCCUCGACCACAGAUACUGAACUACAGUAGCAAGAAUGACGGACAGCUUACGCCGCGUAGCAAGAAGAAGCGCAAAAAACUGGUCAGAUCCAUGAUGCGUCGAUUGACGCCUCGUGAGAAGGAAGAGCUGUACAGACAACGACCAGACCUGAUGAUCGUGCCCAAUUGGGCGCAGAAAUAUCGCGAAGAACUUGCUGGCGAAGACUCGACUCGCUGGAACGCCUGGCUGCUCGGACUUAUCUCGGUGCUGGCGGUGCUGCUGCUGCUGUUUAUUCUCCUCAUCGUGCGGCAGCGUGCCGCCGCAGUGGCGAAAUGAUUCUAGUAGCUGGACCCAUUAGAGAAGAGUGACCAGUUGGGAAAUGGUCUCCUCCCAUUUUUUUGCUGCUUAAUGUUUGGCUUGUUGAACCUUAUAGCUGGGUCGCGCACGGAACCGAAGAUUCGCGCACCAGGACACAACUACGAACUUACUUUCCAUAAUAUUUACUGGAACGUCAAGAUUGUUUUACUUUA